GGCCGCAUCGUGUGUUGCUUGAAACGUUUCCACCUAGCAACUUCGUCUUCCGUCCAACGCGCACCAUGGCUGCAAUCAUGUCCGCAUAUGGUGUUUUCAUAUUGCCAUUGGUCCUUGCCUUACUCUAUGUUGCCUACCGUGCUGCUCUACCCAAGCCUUUGCCAGACAUCCCGUAUAAUCGCGAUGCGGCGGGGCAGCUUCUUGGCGACGUGCCCGAGAUGAUGGGCUACGUCAAGCGUACAAAGCGAAUCUUUUGCUGGCUCACCUCGCUUACUGACCGACACAAAAGCCCCAUCGUGCAAGUAUUUAUCAAGCCCUUCUCGUACCCAUGGGUCGUGAUCACAGACCCCUUUGAAAGCCAGGACAUUCUCCUCCGGCGCAACCGCGAGUUCGACCGGGCGCCCUUUUUUGGCGAGGUCAUCGGCGGGAUCAUCCCCGGCCAGCACUCACACAAGCUCAGCAGCGACGUCCAGUUCAAGAGGAACCGCGCGCUCAUCAACCACCUCAUGGCCCCGACCUUCAUCCAGGAGGUCAGCGCCCCCGAGAUGUACCGGGCCACCGAGGAGAUGAUCCGCGUCUGGGGCAUCAAGUGCGACAUGGCGGCCGGCAGGCCAUUCUCAGCCCACCACGACCUCACCUAUCUCGCGCUGGAUGCCAUCCUCGCGGCGUUGUUUGGGCUGGCCGAGGAGGAGAACGUCACGCUCCAGCGCCUGCGUGAGAUGCAGAAUUGGACGCCGCCGCCCGGGCUGGAGGCGUCCUCCACCGGCGAGCCGGUGCCGUUCCCGGAGACCGAGGACAUCGUGCCGCCCAUCUCGGCCGCCAUCAUCACGAUAUGCAUGUCCAUCACGGAGAACCAGCUCUCUCCCGCGCCGGCCCUCACGGCGUGGGUGUCGCGCAGGUUCCCCUAUAUGAGGCGGGCCAUCGCCGUCAAGGAGGAGUACGUCGGCCGCAAGAUCGACGAGUGCAUCCCCCGCGUCGACCCGGCAUCGGCGGCGGCGGCGGCGGCCAGCAGCAACAAAAACAGCGGCGACAACAAGAGCCCUCAAGCCCGCAGCGCGCUGCACUCGGUCCUCCUCCGCGAGCGCGACACGGCCGCCAAGGAGGGCCGCAGGCCAGAGUACCACAGCCGCGCCGUCGUGGACGAGUUCACGGGGUUCCUGAUGGCGGGCCACGACACGACGGCGACGACGAUGGCGUGGAGCGUCAAGUACCUCGCGGACAACCCGGGCGCGCAGGACCGGCUGCGGGCCGAGCUGCGGGCCGCGUUCCCGGGCGCCGCGACGCCGUCCUACGCCGAGCUGGCGGGCUCGCACGUCGCGUACCUCGACGCCGUGGUGGAGGAGGUCCUGCGGCACGCCGGGUCGAUCGCGUUCGUGGUGCGGCGGGCGAUGUGCGACGCCCCCGUGCUGGGGAGGGUCGUCCCGCGCGGCACCAACGUCUUCCUCAUGGCCAACGGGGCGGGCUACCUCGCGCCGAACCGGCCUGUCGAGCCGGACGGGCUGCGUGCCCCCGGGGCGCGGAGGGGUGGCGGUGGUGGUGGUGCGGCCGAUGCCAACAAGGGGCUGACGGGCGUGUGGGAUGAUGCGGACAUUGGUGCUUUCAAGCCUGAGCGCUGGCUCAGGUCGGCCGGGGACGGCGUGGUGGUCUUCGAUCCUAUGGCUGGGCCGUCGUUGCCGUUCGGCGCGGGCCCGAGGGGGUGUUAUGGGAGGAGGCUUGCGCUGCAGGCGCUGCGGAUCCAGAUUGCGCUUGCGGUUUGGCACUUUGAGCUGAGGCCGUGUCCUCCUGAGCUGAGCUCGUAUGAUUCCGUUCAGAAGUUUGCUCGGGAGCCUACUCAGUGCUAUGUCCGGCUCUCGAGGGUGGAGUGGUGAGGAAUUGGACCUUGACUGGUUUCGCUUCGGUUCCCCACACGUCUGAAGACAUGCAUGGCGCCUUCAUAUAAUACUUGUGCCUAAUACUAGUAGCUUUCAUAGCUGUCAUCGUUC